GUACACAAGUAUCUUAGACCAUAAGAAGCAUGGUUAUAAGUCAUUCCCUGUUCAACUGUACCGGCAAGAUCGCACGAGCAUAAUCGCUGAUAGACUAGCGGGUUGCCUGCAUCUGCUGUGUAAUUAUGCUCAUCCAGCUGCAGCUAUCCUUAUAGUGCCAGCCAUAGCAAAAAGAACUUCUUGAAUACUGUGGUGCUAGACUCCCAUGAACGAUAUCUUAUUCUGGCUUUGAAACCUCGGUUCCACAGCUUAUAGCGGUCGGACCAAGCCGCAUGGCAUUAGACCGCUUGCGCGUCCCUCUCCAUGAACUAAGAUAACGUAGCGGGGAACUUUUACACUAUCGAACGAUGGAACCCCUCGAUUAGGGGCAGCCUUCAGCAUACAUGUUCCUGAGCAAGAACCAGUGACAAACCUUACACGAAAAUCCCCUCUACAAUGACAGCAGCACUAGUGGUCGUCGACAUGCAGGAGGACUUUUGUCCUCCCAACGGCUCCCUAGCUGUCGAAGGCGCGCGCGACCUCGCCCCAAUCAUCAACACGCUGCUGGCGCACCCGGGCUUCAGCUUCCGAGUCUCCUCGCAAGACUACCACCCAGCGGACCACAUCUCCUUCGCCCCGAACCACCCGGCGCCCAACAAUAUCCCCUUCGAGUGUACCAUCACGCUCACCAACCCGGCGCCUGGCAAGCACACCGACACCAAACCCCAACGGCUGUGGCCGGUGCACUGCGUCGCGGGCACGCCGGGGGCGGCGCUGAUCCCGGAGAUCGAGGCGGCGCACAUCGACCUGUUCGUCAAGAAGGGGAUGGACGCCCGCAUGGAGAUGUACUCGGUGUUCGCCGACGCGUUCGGGAACCGCAACAACCUUGAGCUGAACCGGCGGUCGGUGACUUGCGAUCUCGAGGCCGAGCUGCGGGCUCGGGGGGUUACGGCGGUGUUCUCGGUGGGUGUCGCCGGGGAUUACUGCGUCAAGUGCACGGCGAUCGAUGCGGCGAGAGCCGGGUUCCGGAGUUAUUUCGUGGAGGAUGCGACGCGGUGCGUGGAUCCGGGGGUCGGGUGGGAGGAGGCGAGGCGGGAGUUGCUCGAGGCGGGGGUCGUGAUCGUGAGGUCGGAUGGGCCUGAGAUUGCGGGUUUGGUCGGCUGAUUCGAUGUGUCUCUGUUUGGAAGGUAUUAGUUAGACGGAGGGAGGGGGGUUUUAGGGGGUAGUGAGUUGGUUGCGAUUCUUAGGAAGGCGGAUGGAUGGAUUGGUGACUGGGCUGGCGCUAAAAGAGCCCCCGAGGGCCCGAAUGCUUGGGAUUGUCCUUGCCAAGGGAAAACUGUUAUUUUGUGGGGAACAAGGAACUUGGCACGUCACUUCUGCCAGUACCAUUUGAAGGAGGUUACUAGUAUACUAUGUUUUGGGCGAUCAUUGAAGCUGGCCAAAUUCAGAUUUGUUCCGUGUGCGGCCUGUAGGGGAGAAUUGUUCAGGCCCAAUCAUCGAACUACUAUCACACAC